UUUCUCCUUUUUCCCUAAAUACCACCAAUACCCCCCGACCCCGACCAUCGCCGAAGCCCGCAUGUUCGCAUGUCGCAACAACCUUCCGGGAGAUUGUCUCUAACAUGCAAUGAUGAAUUUAGACGCGAUACGAAGGAAGGCGCAUCAGACCGCCUCAGCUAGCGGCGGUCCCAACUACAAUCCAUUUGCGCGCAAGCGAUCGCGCGAGCCGUCAGAUGUCGAGAAUCAGAUGCACCGGACGCGGUCAGAGAACAACGUCCAACCGGCGAUAGAAGAGCAAAGGCGAGCAGAGAGCAGACAGGCAGAGAAGGAAUUCCCGCCUCCUCCACAUGCCGGUACCGCUCCAGCGACAUCUCCCACGUCUGCCGGUGGGUCAGAGACGGCGCCAGGGUUCACGGGAGAAAAGGACUUCGCAGACAUUCCGAACGGAGGGCCGAGGAAAGAAUCGGCAGAUGUCAGCAGCCAGACUGCCGUUGACAGCAGCUCACACCUUACGAAGCGCGCGAAGUUCAAGAACAUUUUCCGAAAGGAAGCGGAGGAUGACAACACUGCAGAACUUGAGCGAGAGGAAGCGGAGAAGGUGUCGCUAGAGGAGAGGAAAAAGAGAGCACUCAAGAAGAAGAUUCCGGUUGGUGCUCAAUUCAAGGCCGUCCUCUUCGGAUCGUGGAUCAAUGUUCUCCUGAUCUUCGUCCCGGUCGGAUUUGCGGUAUACUAUAGCCACAAAGUUGGUCCUGUUCCCGUCUUUAUCAUCAACUUCGUUGCCAUUAUCCCCUUGGCAGCCAUGCUGAGUUACGCCACGGAGGAGCUGGCUAUUCGCGUUGGCGAGACCCUUGGUGGACUACUGAAUGCCACUUUCGGCAACGCCGUCGAACUGAUUGUCUCCGUUCAAGCUUUGAUCAAGGACGAGAUCACUAUUGUCAAAACAUCGCUAAUCGGCAGCAUGCUCUCCAACCUUCUGCUUGUGUUGGGUAUGAGCUUCUUUCUCGGCGGUAUAAAUCGAGUUGAACAGUUCUUCAACGUCACAGUGGCGCAGACAGCAGCCAGCCUGCUCGCGCUCUGCAUUGCGUCGCUGAUCAUCCCCACCGUCUUCCACCAAAUGAUCUCGGAGGAUGCAAGUGACGCGGGAGAUGCCGCGAGGAACCAGGAAUUAUCCCGUGGAACGGCCGUAAUCCUGCUUCUUGUAUACGGUGCCUACCUCUUCUUUCAGCUAAAGUCACACGCAACGAUGUAUAACGCCCCCAGCCAGAAGGUCGCCAAGAGGAAAUCGUCCAAGGUCGAAGAAGGCGCCACAACACGCGGCAUUGCAACCAUUGGAGCAGGGACCGCGGCGGCCUCGGGUGGCGAAGUGAAUGCAAAGCACCUUUUCAAGAAUGGCGAGGAAGAGGAAGAGGAGGACGAGAUUGAGGAGCCACAGCUUUCUUGGAUCGGCGCAAUCAUCACCCUCGCUAUCGCCACUACCCUUGUCGCCUUUUGCUCGGAAUUCAUGGUGUCCAGCAUUGACGGCCUCACCGCUACCGGCAGUGUCUCCACUGUUUUCGUCGGUUUGAUUCUCCUGCCUAUCGUUGGUAACGCCGCCGAGCACGCUACUGCGGUCACGGUCGCUAUCAAGGACAAGAUGGACUUGUCAAUCGGUGUGGCGGUCGGUUCGAGCAUGCAGAUUGCGCUCUUAGUGCUUCCGCUGAUCGUUGUCCUUGGCUGGAUCUUGGGCAAGGACUGCAUGACGUUGUAUUUCGACACGUUCCAGAUUGCGGUUCUGUUCGUGUCGGUGUUGCUGGUGAAUUAUUUGAUUCAGGACGGAAAGUCUCAUUGGCUUGAAGGCGUCCUGCUGAUGUCUUCCUACCUUAUCAUUGCUUUGGCUGCCUGGUUCUACCCGAAUAUGGAAGACGAGCAAUGCUAGAGAAGCGAAAUGCCGCCCCUUCAGACUUAUUUCCUCCUGUACGAUAUUUUCUGGUCCUUACAAAUUGGCUUUCGGCGUUUCUUAAGAGCCUGAACACCUUUGGCAUCCGGCAACGGUGCGGUCUUGUCUCAAUGUUUCUUAGAUACCCUGCAAGUGGCGGCAUUCUGGCUGCUAUCUACACUGUUUGUAUACAUGUCGAAUAAAGGAGUGUUUUUCUUGUGUCUCAUCAGUAUAUGUCCAAGUCUAAUCUGUUUUCCAUUUUAUAUUGUUAAUUUUUGUUGAUAUUGCUCACUUUGCGUGAUGUUGGGCAGUUGCGACUGCCGUACCAUAGGUCAUGCUCUUUCCCUUCUGGGCGAUGACGAUGAGUUCCACAGACCAUUGAAAUCCAUGCCUUUUUGUCUUUAAAACUAUUUCCAUAGUUCCAACUCAAAGUCC